AUUUUAUAGGUACAUGUAGGUGUGCCAUAGGAAAUUAAUAAAAUGUCUUCUUGUACAAAAGCUUGUCAACACGAACAGUCGCCUUACACUCCUCCAGACUGGGCCAAAGGACUAGCUGUGAUACCCAAGACUAGAAUAAAGUUAGCACAGUUACCUACCCCAAUACAUUCUUGGUCAGUCCCAGGGCUACCUGAUGGAUUCCAACUGUACAUUAAGAGAGAUGAUCUUACUGGAUCUACUCUCAGUGGUAAUAAGGUUCGUAAGUUGGAGUUCAUAUUUUCAGAAGUAUUAGAUCAAGGUUGUGAUACAGUUAUAACUGGAGGUAGUCUCCAGUCUAACCAUGCUAGAGCAACUGCUGUAGUAGCUAAAGAAUUAGGCAUGGAUUCACAUUGUGUCCUUUUUAACAAGGAUACAGAUGUCAAUAUUGAACCAAAAGGGAACUUGCUCUUGAGCCGUUUAACAGAUUCGUUAAUUGGUUUAAUUCCUCAAGGAAAUUUGAAUGAUGCUUUUAAUGUGUAUUCAAGAAUAUUCACAGACCUUUCAAAUAAACUUCAAGCUAAAGGAAAGAAACCUUACGUGAUUGAGUUGGGUGCUGCCAGCCCUGUUGGCUGCUGGGGAUAUAUUGAGGCAUUUAAAGAAAUGAUUGAUCAGGGUUUAUUUGAUAAUUUUGAUGAUAUUGUUGUGUGCUUGGGAGCUGGUGGCACUGCUUGCGGUAUUGGUGUAGCUAACUACCUCACUGGAUCAAAGUUAAAGAUACAUGGUAUUUCUAUUGGAAUGGCUGCAGUUCAGUUAUCACUACAUAUGGAUGAGGAACUGUCAGCACUAGGAUUGAAGCAUCCCGAUGGACGAACUAUUAAAACUGCAGAGCUAAUGGAUUUGGCUGAUGAGCCUGGACUGGGCUAUAGCCUAACAACUGAGAGUGAAUUAAAAUUAUUGACUGAAGUAUCAUCUUCAACUGGGAUUGUAUUGGAUACUACAUUUACGCUCAAAACGUAUCAACACAUGAUGCGAAUGAUGAAAGAAACUCCGGAUAAAUUUAAAGGGAAUAGGAUCCUCUUCAUACAUACAGGAGGUCUGUAUGGUUUAAAAGGAUUGGAUGAGACUUUGCUAACUAGUAAAGAAACAAAUAAAGUUCAUUGCAUUGAUGAUUUUGUUACUGUCUGACUAAUCAUAAUUCAUAAAUCAUUAUUAUAAAA